AAGAAUCAAUGAAAUACAUGUGUAAGCUUUCCUUGUGAAAGAUCGUUGAGAGGUCACAUGAAGUUUCACAUGAUUAACUCAAGUGAUCAUAAUAAGAUGGAAAACAAAAGUGUUUUUGAUAAAAUUUGUAAGAAAUGUGGAAAAGGGUUUCAAUCUUGGAAAGCUUUGUUUGGGCACAUGAAAUGUCAUUCUACCAAACUAUCAAGUAACAAAAACAAGAAUAUUGCAAGUUUUAGACAAGAUUCUUGUACUAGCCAUUCAAAUAAUGAGAAUUCAGAUUCGAAAAAGCAUAGAAUAAAGAGAUCAAGAUCAAGGAACAAAAGGUACAUGGUUGCUUCAACCACAACUUCAUCUUCAAUCUCUAUGAAUGUUAACAAUAAUCAUCAUCAUAUUAGUAGUAAUAAUGCUUCAACAAGUAUGGUAUCCGAAAUCGAAGAAGAACAAGAAGCAGAUGUUGCCAUGUCUUUGAUGAUGCUUUCUAGAGAUUUGGGAAAAUGGGGCAAUGAACUUGAAUCAUCUUAUGUAUGCAAUUCCUCUGUUUUGGUGAGUUUGGUUAAACAUGAGGAUAAAGAUUUGACAAAAAGUGGUUGUAAGAUGAAGAAACUAGCAGAACCUCAAGCUAGUCUUGAUUCUUUUGAGAAAUCUAAGGUAGGUUUCAUCAAAAGUUCUGAAUUGGACUUGGGUUUUGGGAUAGAAUAUGAGAAUUCAAGCAAGAGAAAGUAUGAUUGUGUUACUUGUAAUAAGAGUUUCCAUUCUUCUCAAGCACUUAGUGGGCACAAAGCAAGCCACAAGAAGGUAAAGAGAGCUUUUGACACGAAAAUCCGAAGCAAAAUCAAAAUCGAGCACAAACCCAUGUUAGAUUAUGAUCAAAUAACCAAAGGGCAUGAUUCAAAAGAAUGUGAUUUUGAUCAAGAACCAUCAAGUUUCAAUCUUGGUGUUGGAUUUUUAAAGAAAAAGACAGUUGGGUUGGGAACAUACGAAUGUCCAAUUUGCUUUAAGAUUUUUUCAUCAGGUCAAGCUUUAGGGGGUCACAAAAGAGCACACUUGAUCUCUGAAGCUAAGCAGAAUCAAGGAAUUAACACAAAUGUGACUAAGAAAGCCGAUGAGCAUCUUCCGAAAACUCGAGGCUUCCUUGAUCUCAACAUGCCUCCUGAAGAAGAGAUGACUAGUAGCACUACAGAGUACAAGCCAUACUACUUGAAAGAUAUCAAUGACCAUCAUAAGUUCAUAACCAUGAAUCAAGACUACUAGGUUUGCUUUCCACAGGCUAAUAGUAGUUCCAAAAACUCACUUUAUAAUAUAGUACAUGAUCCAUUCAUUCUUAAGAAAAAUACACAUACAUACCUAUUUUUUGUCCAAACUUUACAUUUUUGUGAUUAUAGAAUACAUUGAAAUAAUAAAGUAUGUAAUAAACCAUAUACGAGUAAUAGUUAGUAUUAAUGAGGUGAACCUUUCUCACUAGUGUAGUAGUGAACUGGUGAUUGUUGCUUCCAAGGCAAAGAAUACAUAGGAGAACAGAGAACCUGUCUUAAUUUGUGCCCAAAGUCCAAAGUUACAUUUUUGUGAUUAUAAACUACUGUACAUUGGUUUCCUAAAAUAGAAAACUCCAAGAUUUCUUGUUAAA